AUGAUGUUGUCGAACAUCAGCAACACCUCCAACGGACAGGGACAGUCGACCGGAGGAGACGAAACCUCAGAGCGAGACACCGCGUGUACGGUCCGCGAGCAGGACCGAUUCAUGCCCAUCGCCAACGUGAUCCGUAUCAUGCGCAAGGUCCUCCCAACCCACGCGAAGAUCUCCGAUGACGCCAAGGAGACAAUCCAGGAGUGUGUGUCCGAGUACAUCAGCUUCAUCACCAGCGAAGCGAACGACCGGUGCCAGCGCGAGCAGCGCAAGACCAUAACUGCGGAGGACGUGCUCUGGGCCAUGAGCAAGCUGGGGUUCGACGACUACAUCGAACCGCUAACGGUGUACCUCCAGCGCUACCGCGAGCUUGAGGGUGAGCGGGGCUCCAUACGAGGAGAGCCAUUGGUGAAGAGGACUAUGGACCUGGGUGCGCUUGGGGUGGCGGCUUUUGCACCUGCGUUUCACAUGAGCCACCACCAGGGACUCUUCGGAGCACCCAUCGGAGGAUUCUUCAGGGACGUCGGAUCCAGCGCUAGCUCAUCCCAAGCUGCAAUGGCUAGCUUUGAUCCUUACGCCCAAUACAAAUGA